UUUAAAUAUCGGGAGACAAAACAAGUAACGCACCGCUCGCAUCACAUCUCAACGAUCCUCGCUCAUUGAUCAAAGAUGCACAAGAAAGUUGCGCCAUAUCCAGGGAAAAUCUCUGUGGUGUUCCGCAAGGGGCCACUUGGAUACCUUCUCCAGGACCCGUCAAAAGAAGCUCGACGGAUUAAAAAUGACCCCAAACUGCAGGACAAGUCUGCACCUAUGAGGGAGGACCUUGUACGUCAGAAUGCUCUCACUGUCGUCUAUCAGAGAGGAGGGGAUGCGUCUGACAUGAAGGAAGUGCAGGGAGAGUGCAUCCUGCAGUUUGGAAAGUAUAAAGGGAAAUCUUUCCGGUGGCUUCUGGAGAAUGAUGUCGGGUACACCACGUACCUGAUCAAAGAUCUCCAGAAGCAAGAGGCUGCAGGGACCUCUGUGGAAGCAGGGCAUGGCAAGGAGAGCUUGCAUUCAUUUGUACAGUAUGCCCUCAGCUUUACAGAGAUAAAAACUCUUCUGGACUACAAGGCCAGCAGAGUGAGUGUUGCUGCAGAAGCCUCUGAGGAUGAUCAGCUGGUUGGCUUUGGCUCACGAGCCAAGAGCACAUGGAAAGAGAUUUGGGACAGCAGAGGAGAUGGCUAUGCAGACUUUAUCAUGAGGAAGAGCUGCAGUCAAGGAACAGCAAUGCAUGAGCUGCAGCAGUACCAGCGGAAGAAGCAGCAGUCUGCAUCUGCUUCCACAAACGCUCCAACUAAACCCCUGGGGAUGGAUGAGGAUAAAGACCUGGAGGACGCAAUGCUGAGCAUCUCACCUGCAAAACUACACAUGCAGAGCUUCACUGUGCCAGCAGCAGCAGAAGGGUCCACACCCAGAGGAUCUUCAGGAGCAAACACAGUUCCAUCUGCUGCACUGUCCAUACCACCGUCCAGUACAACUGCUGAACCUCAGGCAUCAUCAGCCGAUGGUGCAGCCUCAGGUGUGAAGAGGAAGUCACCUGUGCCCCUCCCACAGGAGCUGGCAUUUCUAUUAAAGGAGACCACAGGACCCAGUACAGAUGCGCCUUCCACAUCUGUGCGCAAAGUGCUGACUUUUGAAGACAGCAGUGAAGAUGCUCCUUCAGCUCAACCAGCUGUUCCAGUUCCAGUGGCUGGUUAUGAGCACGACCUCAGCAGCUGGAAUUGUUCUCCGCACCAGAAGCUGUGGAUGAAGACUGAGCUUCAGGACCUUGGACUGUGGCCUGGGUCUCGACCAGUGCGUCACGCAGGGAACGCAAUUUCACUCUGGCGUCUCCCUCCACAGCCUGAGCUCAUAGAUACAGUGGCUGACCUUCCAUCCCCAAAUUUCUUCCAGCUCCACCCCUUCUUUAUUUGGAAACCUGAGAGUGCUAUCAUGGUCAGGUUAAGAAACAAUUAUAUCUUGCCAUGUCUCCAUGGUUGCUUUCGUUCACAAGUGGUCUCUGCUGGUGUGGGCAGGCCACGAGUAAUUGUUGGCACCAGCGGUCAGUAUUACAUCCUGUCCUCACAACUCUGCUGCAGGGCUUGUCGCAGGAACUGGUUUGCUGACAAUCCACGAUGGCUGGAGAAACUGCCCAAAAGGUUUACCAACCUUCUCCCUGCUUUUCUCACAUACAAAAAGGCCAUCUGCAAGUCUGUUAUGGAUGAGCUCAGGAGGACUGGCAAAUCUCCAGCAGACAUGGCAAACCAAAUAAAUGAACUUAUGCACCUCAAGUACGAGCGAGCUCACCUGGCGUACCUCCAUGCCACAGAAUCGGUCUGGGAUUCUGAGGCAGGAGCUCAUGGACAGAGGACCAUUGGGCAGUUUCUGAGGAAGGAAAAUAAGCCACAGGAGUUCAGGUCUUAUGAAGACCCACAUGCCUGGUGUGGCGUCUCUGUGUCCAGCCAUUACCUGACUGACUGCCUGCUCGACGAAUUCCGACGUCAACAUCCAGCCAUAUCCAAACUCCUCCAGGGCACUUUUGGCCACAUUUUCAGGUCUGACCACACCAGGAAGGUGGCACGAAAAGUCACGCUGGCAUCUGGGGUCAUGUCCAGUUAUUCCAUAAUGAAUGAAAACUGGCUGAUUGUUUCGUGGGUCAUGGUUCAGUCUGAGACAGAAAGGUCCUUGGAGCCCAUGUACCAGGGAAUGGCCAAGAGGUACAGUGAUGCAGGAGUGGAAAAGGCCGGCUACCACUGGGUGGACAGGGAUUGCUGUGCUCCAUUUAAGAUCCCAGACUGCAUCCCUGGGGAAAAUCUAUUGUGGGAUGCCUGGAAAACCACUCCUGCUGUUGUUGCUGCGGCCACAUCUGGACCAGUGGCAAACAGCUGUGCCUCUCAAACCCACUACAAUAAGAACAUUAUUGUAAAACUGGAUCUGUUCCACUGCCUGAGGCGAUUUUCGCGGGAGUGUACCUCUGAGCAUCAUCCUCUGUUCAGCACUUUCUGCCAGCUUCUCUCUGCUGCAUUCUCAGUAGUUGAUCAGGCGGACCUGAAGAGGCUCCAGGAUGCUUAUAAGUUCUGUGGCAUCCAUCCUGCUAAUCCCACAAAGCAACACAUAAGGGAGCACUGCAGGAUCCAAAUACCACAACCCACUGAGCUGCUGAACAGAGUGGAAAAGGUCCUGAACCAUUUUCACCUGGCCACAGACCCCAACAACGUCCCACUCUUCAAGCCAUCCAUGCUGAAGACGUGGCGCAUUCAGAGAGUGCACAUUCUGCGUGGCUGCCUAAGUGACCCUGAACUCUCAGAGGGUGUAAUGUUUAGGUACGGUGGGACUCUUCAGCUUAACCAUGUCCCUGGUGAAGGUGCCAAGGUCCCCAUCUGGAUUCCUGUCCGAGGCACUUCACAGCAGGAGGGUUAUCAUUUCCACCAGGCCCAGUGGAUCACCGGGACUCACGUUUCCACUGAACUAUUCCAGGCCCAGGGCAUGACAGGGUUGGCACGAUGGAACUACCAAAGACUGGUGGACCUUAAGCAGCCAGGUGUCAUUCUCCCUUCUGUUUUUGAUCCGGCUCUAGUGGUGGAGUUGAAUGCAGCCUCCAGAAGAGUGACUGGUCAGGAGAAGUACCCUGCAUUUCACCUCUCUGACAGAGACACUGGAGAGCGAUUUGGGCUUGAAUACAGAGAGCCAGGCUGCCGUCCAGUCCCUCUGAACUGGGACAAACACAAAACUCUGAGAAAAGAUGAACCGGCUGCCCUUCAGCCCCCAUCCUCUGUUCCAAAACCUGUGGCUGCCCAACUUCAGGUUCCAGCAGCGGGACCCUUCUUCCGGGUCGACCCCCAGACUUCACUGUGAACUCAUGAAUAGUCUUGUUUUGUGUUGACCUGUGUUCUUGUGUUUUUGGUUUAAUCUGGACUCUUGUGCUCCUUGUUUUUUGUUUCGGACCCUCCUUCCUGGACCCCGUCCGCCCGCCCUGGUCUGGUGCUUGGUUUUGUUGUUCUGUUCACUCUUUAACUGAAGGCAGUG